CAUUUGGUUAUGCUACACUGCAAAGGGAAGUUGGAAGCGAUCCUGCUUUUGGGCUAGAUAACACUCUCACUUCCCACUACUGAAUGAGAAGGUGGGAAGACAAAAAGGACACACACACACAGCCACUGGACAUCUGGUGCUUCAUGGAACAAAUGUGGACUUUUCAGGACUGCCCGAGCAGGGUAUGGCUGUAGGCAGUUUACUACUGCUGUGUGUGGCAACCUCUUGGCCAUGGGAUGCUCAAACCUUGUACAUAGACUUUGUCUGCAAUAAGCCAGUAAGGGAGGCUCUAAAUAUUGUCUCCCAGAUGGAGAGUGAAUUGCUUCUCUGUGAAGAGCUUGUGACUCUCCCCACUGCAGUUCAGCUGCCCUGCACAGCACUUCACGUUGCAACCUGGGGAAAUAAAUCACUCCAGGAGAAGAGGGAGGACCUGGUGGCUUCACUGAGGCUCCUAACUGAAGGUGUGAAUGCUGUGAGUGCUCUCAGCCAGUCAGCAUGUGCCGCUUCUGUGCUGCGAAGACUCCAACACAACAUCAACAACUACCUGCUCAUUCUCUUACACCUGGAUCUGAGUUAUUUCCAGUCACUACUCUGCAGUGAAAGUAUCCUGGCUUCCCGUAAAUGUUCUCCCGUAAGCCUAUGUGACCCCAAAGCUUCCUUCCUCAGGACAAGAAGAUGAUAGCACAGUUUCACAGUUAAGACACUUGCUCUCACACAAAGAAUAAAAAGGAUUAAUUCUGUUAUACAUAAUUCUCUAAGGUUGUGAGAUUAGAGCAGCAAUUUUACUUGGUACAUUUAAAUAGUACAUGCUCCACCAAACUCAAUAAUAUAUUUCAUACCCUUGUCAGUUUAUAUGACCUUCCCGUGACGUGUGUAUUUCUGUCAUGAACCACCAGGAGGCGGUGGAGAGUCCAGUCCUGUCGUGUGUUCCUAGAAGCACCCGCAGCCUGGGCACAGUGCUGCUGGCAUACAAC